AUGUUCAAGGACGCAGCAAGCAAGAUCCGAAAACAGCGCAGCGCUGCCGACGCCUUCGUCACUGCCACCGAGGGUGCCGUUUCCCCCGAGAACACGCCUGGUCGGUCCUUGGAUGUCACCGGCGACUCUGCCGCCGCGCGCGCUGCGCGAGCGUUGCAGGAGGUGGUGCAGGGAGGCACGGCCACCGAUCAUGCCAAGGUCAUUUCCUACAAGGAGGACGUGUUCCGGCGCAUUCGGCUUCAGUUUGGCAGAAGCCAGGAGCAGUACAAUGCCUCCCUCAGCGAAGGCCCCCUGCGGCUUGUGGGCGAAGAAGAAGCCUCCGGCAAGUCCUGCGCGUUUUUCGUCUUCAGCGAGGAUGGGCGAUACUGCGUCAAGCGGAUCGAUGCCAAGGAGGCCCGGAUGCUGCUGAGCACUGUGGACGAUUACGAGGCUUACAUUCAUAAGCACACGGGGACGCUGCUGCCGCGAUUCUAUGGACUUUAUGAAGUCCGGCUGUAUUCUACCCGUUCGCCAAUUUGGCUGAUGGUUCAGG